GCAUAUUUAAAACACCAUUUCUCACAAUAAUUUGUACAUAAUUAAUUAGAUAAUGUCAACUAGAUUAUAGAAAAUAGCUUGAACCAAUUUAAUACGAGAGAUCUGCAUCUAUCAGAGUUACUUUCUCUAUUUCAUUAUACUUUCAUCAAGCUUGAAUUAUGAAUUCAUAUAUAAGGUUGAAUUGAUUGUGGUUCUGUUAAAGAGUGCGAGAUCGAAGAACUGAGAUCAGAAACUCUUGAUCAGUUAUCACUCAGAUCCCUAAUUAUCAAUGGAGGUUCCACAGACUGGAUUGGAGAGGGAAAAGUCGAGCUCAUCUUCUUCUUCUCCAGUAUCUGUUAUCGCCAAUUUCUGGAAAGAAUUUGAUUUGGAGAAGGAAAAGAGUUUGUUAGAUGAGCAAGGGCUUCGGAUUGCCGAAAACCAGGAGAACAGCCAGAAGAAUCGUCGCAAACUUGCAGAGAGCACUCGAGACUUCAAAAAAGCUUCUCCAGAGGAUAAAUUGAAUUUAUUCAAUUCUUUACUGAAGGGAUAUCAGGAAGAAGUCGAUAACCUUACUAAGCGUGCGAAAUUUGGAGAAAAUGCAUUUCUUAAUAUUUACCAGAAACUUUACGAGGCUCCAGAUCCUUUUCCAGCUCUUGCAUCAAUUUCAGAACAAGAUGUAAAAAUAUCUGAACUAGAAUCUGAUAACCGAAAAAUGAAAGUUGAGCUUGAAGAAUUCCGGGCUGAAGCGUCACAUUUAAAAAAUCAACAGUCAACUAUAAGGAGACUUGAAGAACGCAAUCGCCAAUUGGAGCAACAGAUGGAAGAAAAAGUAAAAGAAAUAGUGGAAAUGAAGCAGCGCAGUUUGGCGGAAGAGAAUCAAAAGACUCUAGAAGUUCUGAAAGAACGUGAGCAGUCGCUACAGGAUCAACUACGUCAAGCUAAAGAAAGUGUGGUGACUAUGCAAAAGUUGCACGAACUUGCCCAGAGCCAGUUGUUUGAGCUUCGUGCUCAGUCAGAGGAAGACACAGCUGCAAAGCAGUCAGAACUUAGUCUUUUGAUGGACGAAGUGGAACGCGCUCAAAGCCGAUUGUUGAGUCUUGAGAGAGAAAAGGGACAUCUACGUUCAAAGUUACAGUCUGCAAAUGACGAAAGUGAAAAUAAGAAAAGUGAUAUUGUUGAUCCAAAUAGCAACCUUGAGAAUUCUUUGAGUGCAAAAGAGAAGAUUAUAUCUGAAUUGAAUAUGGAACUUAAUAAGGUGGAGACCACCUUAUCAACUGAGAGGGAGCAUCAUAUUUCUGAGAUUAAGAAACUGAAUGCGCUUCUUCAUGAAAAGGACAUUGCCCUAGAGGAGCUGAAGAAAGAGCUGCAGGCUCGGCCAACUGCAAAAUUGGUUGAAGAUUUGCGGAAAAAAGUCAAAAUUUUGCAGGCAGUUGGUUACAAUUCUAUAGAGGCUGAAGAUUGGGAAGUAGCCACAAGUGGUGAAGAAAUGAGCAAAUUGGAAUCGUUGUUGCUGGACAAGAACAAAAAGAUGGAACAUGAGCUUACUCAAUUGAAGGUUAAGCUCUCAGAGAAAACAUCACUUCUUGAAGCUGCAGAAGCAAAGUUAUCAGAAUUUUCUGCCAAGGUUGAUGAGCAGCAAAAACUAAUUCAGAAACUUGAAGAUGAUAUAUUGAAGGGAUAUAGCUCCAAAGAACGGAGAGUAUCAUUUUUUAAUGAUUGGGAUUUGUCAGACUCUGUUUUAGCUGAGCCAUCUGAGAGCACAGAACCGAAGCAUAGUUCCAGUGAUCAGGACCAAAGCUCAAUGCUUAAGGUGAUUUGCAAUCAGAGAGAUAGAUUCCGAGCACGACUUCGCGAGACUGAAGAAGAGGUAAGGCAAAUGAAGGAUAAGAUUCGGGUUUUGACAGAAGAACUGGAGAAAACAAAGGCAGACAACGUAAAGCUUUAUGGGAAAAUUCGAUACGUCCAAGACUACAAUCAUGAGAAAGUGAUUUCUAGAGGGUCAAAGAAGCCUUCCGAUGAUCUAGAAAGUGGUUUGAGCACUGAUGUUGAGUCCAAGUAUAAGAAGAUUUAUGAAGACGAUAUUAACCCCUUUGCUGCUUUUUCCAAAAAGGAGCGAGAUCAAAGGUAUAAGGAGCUGGGUCUCAGGGACAAAAUAACCCUUACCAGUGGGCGUUUCCUUCUUGGCAACAAAUAUGCUCGAACAUUUGCGUUCUUCUACACAAUUGGGUUACAUAUUCUAGUUUUCACUUGUCUAUACAGGAUGUCUGCUCUUAGUCAUCUAAGUCAUGGGUCUGAAGGAAUUGAAGAGAAAACCAUUCUGCCUAAUGCUCUCUAAAGCUUGAUUAAAUUUGUCAAAUAGCACAUCAAUAUAAAGGAGGUUGAUUGAAAUGUUAGUAUAUACUACAUAGUUACAAACUGAUUAUCAAGUUUUGUUCAUUUUCCCGAGUUUGAGAAAGUGAGAGUACUGAUAGUGUAUAGUUACACUUGUCGACUUUGUGUAAGCUGCAAUAUCUCAAAAAUUGGUAUACUAUUUUACACCGGGAAGGAUGAUGACGAUGUAUUGUGCCGAUUUGAAGACAAAUGCGUAUCUGAUAAAGCUGCUUCGGUGGUUUUCUUCACCAUAUUUUACGUCGGUGACGCUUGUACUAUGAUGUUUAAGAAUUAAGCUGAGCUUUAGUUGAAAAGAAUGAUAUUUGAAUGUUUGUUUUUACUUCUACUUGCUAUUAUGAAAAGGGGGAGUUUGUUCUGGAUCAA